AUGUUAUAUCCCAUCUGGUGUAGAUCUCCGGUUAACCCCCACCGCCAGCUCGAGGGUAUAGGAGACCACCCUCGCCUCGAGACUAUAGGGAGUAUUCGGCACCUCCAGGCCGUCAUGAAGCCAAUAUUGCCUGCAGCAACUGGCGGAUCUCUCGUUAAACUUGUUCACCUCUACAAUCCCUUCUGUAAGGUUGAUGGGGCCAAACCCCUUCAGGUUGGAGAUGUCUGCAAAAGGCAGAAGCUCGCAUCGUUUCCGCCAUCAACGUGA